UUGAAGGCGUUGGUGUGUCAUAGUUUAUAAGUUGGUUGUGUUCGAGGCGUCAUACUGUAUCAUGUAAAUAGCUGCGGCGUUUCACAGAUAUUUACUGGUGUUAAUGAUCGAUCAUAAAAAAGUUUGACACAUAAUUUGUGAUCUGAGGAAUUUAAUCCUGCUGUUUAACCUAACAUUAAAGAACACGAAUACAUUAUGGGUGUAUCAGAGGCGGGUUGUUCUACCAGUUCGGAGCUAUCUAUCAUCGAGGCGGAGCGGCCUGCAUCAGGCAGCGGCGAGGAAGAAGAUAUACCGCGAAGGAAACAACGACGUUAUAGGACCACAUUCACCAGUUACCAAUUAGAUGAACUGGAGAAAGCUUUUGGACGUACACAUUAUCCUGAUGUUUUCUCAAGAGAAGAACUUGCUUUGAAAAUAGGACUGACGGAAGCUAGAAUUCAGGUGUGGUUUCAAAACCGACGCGCAAAGUGGCGUAAACAGGAGAAGGUGGGUCCUCACGCUCAUCCUUAUGGCGGCUACCUAGCCGGAGCGCACGCGCAGCCGCUACCUACGUCUGCAACACUUCCGCAGCCACACUCGGCACAUCCUCUGGCACACCUCGGCUUCGGGUUGAGAAAACCAUUUGAUAGCGCUCUUGCUUCUUUCAGGUACGCAAGCAAUCCUCUCUUCGGAGCGCAGUACCUCCCGCCGUUGUCACGUCCGCCUCUGUUUGGUGCCCCGCUAUACGCUACCUCACCCGCUCACUUCCAUUCGCUCUUCGCUAACCUAACCGCAACCGAACCGCGACUCUCGCCCGAACAUUCCCGACUGUCUCCGGAGGUAAACCGCUCACCCGCGCCGUCCAUUUCCCCUCCGAUAUCGCCGGGAAGUGAAACACUGCCUCCACACGCAGCAGUGGAUGAUGUGCGAAGUUCAAGUAUCGCUGCAUUAAGGCUUGCUGCAAGGGAACACGAGAUAAGAUUGGAACUACUGAGGCAGAGAGCCGAUCUGAUUUGUUGAACAGCUACCGUAAUCUCUUAUUGAAUUGAUUACAUAAAGGCUAGUGGCCAGAUGACUAAUGUAGUAUUUCUUA